AGGAGCCCCAGGACGGCCCAGGCUCCAAGCCCGAAGCCCCCGCCUCCGAGGGUUCGCAGGACUCUCUGGUCUCCCGCGGACUGCGUGGAUUGCCGCCGCAGGGUGCCAUCUGCAGGGAGGGAGAAGCGGAGCCGGGCAUCCCCAGGCCGGCUCUGCCUCGAGCACCGCCCGGAGCCAGAAAGGAGCUGAAGACCGAAACAGCGAGAGAAGCCUAAAGGGUGAAGAAUUUGGGACUGAAGAAGAGAGAGGCUGAAGAAGGCACAAUGGCCCUCGUGUGCCUGGAUGAUUUCCGAGCCUACGCUAAGAGGCAUCUGCCCAAGGGCACGUGGGACUACUUUGAAGGGGGAGCGGAUGAAUGCAUCACCAGGGAUGAGAACAUCUUGGCAUUUAAAAGAAUCCGCCUGCGGCCGCGGCUAUUAAGAAAUGUGUCCACGGUAGACACAAGGACCACUAUUCAAGGGACCGAGAUCAGCUGUCCCAUCAGCAUUGCCCCCAUGGGCUUCCAUCGCCUGGCCUGGCCGGACGGAGAGACCAGCAUGGCCCGAGGAGCGGAAACCCAGGGCGUGUGCUACGUCACCAGCCUGUACUCCACCAGCUCGCUUACUGACAUCGUGGCGGCGGCGCCCUCGGGCCUGCGGUGGUUCCAGCUGUACAUGCACAAGGACCGGCAGCUGGUCAGGGAGCUGGUCCGGGAGGUGGAGGCCCAGGGCUUCCGAGCCCUCGUGCUGACCGUCGACACCCCCGUGAGCGGCAAGAGGCGCGCAGACCUGCGGAACGCCUUCGGGCUCCCUGCCCACCUGUCUUUGCAGAUCAUUCCCGAGGCCUUCCAGGUGGGAGCGGGGCACCAGCUGCCGAUCGCGGAUAUCGACCCGUCAGUCUGCUGGGAAGACGUGUCCUGGCUCCGGAGCCUGACGCGCCUGCCCAUCGUCCUCAAGGGGAUCCUGACACGGGAGGACGCCGAACUGGCCGUGGGCCGCGGCGUGCAAGGGAUCCUCGUUUCCAACCACGGAGGCCGACAGCUGGACGGGGUUCCGGCCACGGUGGACGCUGUGACCGAGGUGGUUAGCGCCGUCCGGGGCCGGGCCGAAGUCUACCUGGACGGAGGAGUGAGGACGGGAAGCGACGUGCUGAAGGCCCUGGCCCUGGGGGCCCGGUGCGUCUUCGUCGGUCGCCCCGCCCUCUGGGGCCUCGCCUACAAGGGCGAGCAAGGUGUUGAGCAGGUGUUGAGGAUUUUGAUGGAGGAGUUCCGCCUGGCCAUGGCGCUCUCAGGCUGCAGGAAUAUCUUGGAGAUCAGCCGGGAUCUGGUACAGCCCCCCAAGCUGUAAGCGGCACAGUCUGACAAGGAAGGAUGGAGCUAGGUGAUCCCUCACAGCCUGUAUCCCUUCCCCCUACCCGCCCUACCCAAUGCCUUGCGAACCCCCUCCCCUGCCUCCCAGAGCUCAGGACUCUGGUUAAAAGGCCUCCUAUGUGACCUAUUACAGGCUGGAUCGGGGACUGGCCCGUUCCCCAAUACCAACCAGGUACCACCCGCCCCCCCCCCCCCGGCACCCGGGCCCCCAACGAUCCCUCUAACUGGAACCAGCAAAAUAAAUUUAUGGAAACUAAGAAA